AUGGCAGAUGCAAAUCAAGGUGGUGAUCCGGCGCCCCUGCCAAUCAGGACUUGCCCGGAAUCACAACGUAAGCAUCUAGUUUCUGCAUCGUUCUCGUCGGAUCCGUUGAAUAUCUCUUUUUUCGCCGGUCAAAUUCAGCCGUCCCGCAGGGGAUGCAAUUUCUACCGGUGGCAACACGGCUACGCCGACCAUCUCGCUUCGCUUGGCCCUGCCGCCCCACAAUUGGCGCAAAUCCAGCCACCGGAGGAGCAAGGCGGGCAAGGACUGGGAGUUCAAGAUAUACAGCUGCCGCACGCACCACAGGGGCGGCGGAAUGGCGCGCCUGAGGGCACGCAGUUCAUUUCUUCAGUCUGCGCAGUUGCAGGAUACAUUCUCGCCGCGCUCCCUACUGCUGGGCGCCAGGGGACCGCUGGUGUUGACGCUGCAUCCAUCAAUUUGGUGGUCUCUGUGGCGAACCUCGUCAUUGGCGUUGCAAUCCUUGUGUUUGUGGUGGCCGAUGUGGUCAUGCGUGUGCUUGCGUAG